GUCUGACCGACUGUCAAUUAAUAUUGGAGUACUACGUAUUACGUAGUAUAUUACUCCAGUACUCCGUAUUUGACUCUAAGGUGUCGGGGCUUACGUUCCCAUAAUCCUGGAGUGUAUGAACUACCCUUUAAAGCUCCUAGACAGUUGAAUCCGGAUCUAAUCACAGUCAACCUCGUCUGUACUGGCUCCAAAGGAUGAAUCCAGCAGGACUUACAUCACCUUUAGAGCUGCUCCUCCCACCACAUGAACCUGCUACCUUCAUUACCAUCCUCUCCCUUCUCAGUCGCUGAGCAACUCCGUGAAGGUAGGAAAAAUCAUUGGGAGCAAGACCUCUCUCAUCUCCCCUUGGUGGGAAUUGAACCCAAAACCUCCCACAAUGGAGAGACUCGAAGGAUGAUCCAGAAACUAAUGAGCAGUACUCAGCUCUUGAAAAUUGGAAAGAUCAACGUUUGACUCGUAGUGGCGAAUGGAAAACAAAAGAAGCACAUUAAAAAUAUACUCAAAUGAGCGAAGAGUACCAAACACAGCUAGGACAAACAGGGUCAUCGUCUUCAAUAAAUGAGAUUGAUAUUAUGCACCGGAACUUGAGAAGAUAUCGCGGACGCCAAAGCGGAGUGGGUCCUACCCUAUCAAAGGGUGCAUCUCGACGAGUGGAAGAUGGCACUACUUCAACAUUCCAAGACCACCGGGAUAUUCAAAUAAGUGAAUUGAAGGCAAAUCAAGAGUUGAUGCAAGCAAAUCAGAAGUUGGUGCUUCGUACCCUACAACAAUUUAUUCCUGGCUUUCAACUUCCUUCACGCAGCUCCGCAAAUGAUGUUCCUUCGACAUCAAGUGCUAACCAACUUUGAUGGAGUAUAUGGGUCUAGGCCCAGGACCCACAUACUCAGGAAAACAGAAGGCACAACUGUCACCCAGUGGGACCCUCAUCGGCCAGAUGACCCUCAUCGGCCGAAACGAAGUCAACCUAGAACAUGAUCCGGAAGCCAGAAGAACCGGGUCUUCGUCGGCCAUGCACUCGUCGGCUAUAAAGAACUCUCAGAACCGGAUUUUACACUUACUCAUCUGUAUACUCCAUCAUUUACUUUGUAUUCGGCCCAAUAGUGGUCCAGUUGUAAAUGGGCCUCCCCAAGCCCAAGGCUUGGGAGCCCAGCCCGUAUUUUUCCUAUAAAUACUUUUUCUGGAGGUAGUUGUAGGGGUUGGAAAAUCAUUUAUUGAAGCAUUUACUUGCACUUCUCUCUCUAACUCUCACUUCUCUGUAGAAUAUAACCUAUCAUUUGGUGCUCUCGUUGAGAGCUAGAACAAUCAAGUUAGCAUCCUUCGUCGCUACCAAGCACAGCUAACCACUGAUCAUGGGAAGAACUAAGUCAAACCGCAACCUCGUCAGCAAAGCCAUCCCCGAGGACCA